UCCGCAGCCGCGGUCCCGCCCGCUCCCCGGCGUGUCCCCCCCCCCCCGCCCCGCACCCCGCCGCGCCUUCUCCCGGCCGUAGCGGUGCUGCUGGGUCCGCGUCCCGCCUCUGCGCCCGGAGGACAUGCGGAAGAGAGGAUGAGCCAGAGGGACACGCUGGUGCAUCUGUUCGCCGGGGGAUGUGGUGGUACAGUGGGAGCUAUUCUGACAUGUCCACUGGAAGUUGUCAAAACGCGGUUGCAGUCAUCUUCUGUGACACUGUAUAUAUCUGAAGUUCAGCUGAACACGAUGGCUGGAGCAAGUGUGAACCGAGUAGUGUCCCCUGGACCUCUGCAUUGUCUAAAGGUUAUCCUGGAAAAAGAAGGCCCUCGCUCGUUGUUUAGAGGAUUAGGCCCCAAUUUGGUGGGGGUGGCCCCCUCCAGAGCAAUAUACUUUGCUGCUUAUUCAAACUGCAAGGAAAAGUUGAAUGGUGUUUUUGAUCCUGAUUCUACCCAAGUACACAUGGUUUCAGCUGCAAUGGCAGGUUUUACUGCAAUCACUGCAACAAACCCCAUUUGGCUUAUAAAGACUCGGUUACAGCUUGAUGCAAGGAAUCGUGGGGAAAAGCGAAUGGGUGCUUUUGAAUGUGUUCGUAAAGUAUAUCAGACAGAUGGACUGAAAGGAUUUUACAGAGGCAUGUCUGCCUCAUAUGCCGGCAUUUCAGAGACAGUUAUCCACUUUGUUAUUUAUGAAAGCAUUAAGCAAAAACUAUUAGAAUAUAAGACUGCCUCUGUGAUGGAAAGUGAUGAAGAGUCUGUGAAGGAAGCAUCAGAUUUUGUGAGAAUGAUGCUAGCUGCUGCCACCUCCAAAACCUGUGCUACCACCAUAGCGUAUCCACAUGAAGUUGUAAGAACAAGACUACGUGAAGAAGGAACAAAAUACAGAUCUUUUUUUCAGACACUAUCUUUGAUUGUUCAAGAAGAAGGUUAUGGGUCCCUUUACCGCGGUCUAACAACUCAUCUGGUGAGACAGAUUCCAAACACAGCCAUUCUAAUGGCCACUUAUGAAUUGGUUGUCUACCUCCUUAAUGGAUAGCAGCAGGGGCUGCCAUGCUACAGAGCAGGGAGACCAAAAGAUGCCAGUGGACCAGGGGAUCUUGAAGCCAGCAAGGUGGACAGAAGACAGUAGAUUGGAAACAUGUUUUAACUACUAUGGCUGAGUGGAAGUUUGGUUAUAAAACAUAAGAUACCACACCACACUGGUCUUUCAGUAAAAAAAGCCUGUGCCGCCUCUUAAGAGAAUGCUUUGAAAAGCAUUCCAUGCUCAAAAUUGCCGUUUUCUCUGCCAUUGAUCAACAGCUAUGGUUUCGUUGUAUUGAUUGACAACAUUCAGAAUAUAGUGUUAAUUCCAUGAGCUUUUUUUUUUUUUUUUUUUUUUUUUUUGGCCUUUUAAACAAAGUCAUCCCUAGGUAUAUACUGUGCUGUAGUUUUCCAAAGAGAGUAGUGACAAUUACAGAUGUCUAACUAGAUUUCCCCUGGAAUACUCUAAACAGUAGGUAGAUCCUUAAUACCAUUUCCCCAAAAGAUCUUACCUGCUACAAUAUUUUAUUUGACAUCAGUGAUCACUGCACUUUAACAUAUUUUAUGUAUUUUCAGCAUUAAAAAUGUUUUGGUUAUAGCUAAAAGAUAUCUAUCAUAAUGUGGACUUUAAGUUUACAUAUCAAAUGCACAUGGUUAAUCAAAUGCACAUGGUUUUUGGUUUGGGCUAUAAAGAAAGCGAGUGGAUGGGCUGGAGAGAUAGCUCAGCCAUUAAAGGCUAGGCUCACAACCAAAAAUAUAAGAGUUCGGUUCCCAGCACCCAUGGUUGUCUCUCUAGCCCCCCCCCCAAAAAAAAAAAGAAAAAGAAAAAGCAAGUGGAUACUGACUCAGUGACUUAGAGAACAUCCUCAAAUUUUCUCCAAUUAUGAAAUGCAUGAAUGGAUGCAAUUUUGAUUCCAUAAUCUGUGAGCUGUAAUGUGAUUAUCACAGUCUCAACCCUACUUUAAAAGUAGAAAAGCUAACACUUGAACUUUUUCUACUUACUUUCACAUUAAGAAUUUUAACCUUUGAGUUAUUUCCACAUCUGUAUUGGUUGGUAGAGAAAAUGGUAUUUUUCAGUUUUGUCCUUUAUAGGUUCCUUGAAGUAUUUAGGACAAUAUAACUAUUACAAAAAGAAGCCUUCAGCUAUCAGAUAGAGCAAAUCUUAGUUGGCAAAGAGUCUGUAAAUGAGUGUGCUGCAUUGGACAAUGUUAUUCUGUCCUAGUUUCUGGAAUGCUCUGUCAUAGAGCUGGGCUAAUUUUAGUUCAAUGUGUUAACAAGAUGUAGUUUUAAAAUUUUGCUAUUGAGUCAGCAACACCUUCUAAUACUUUAAUGUAUGAUAUAUGGCCAUUAUGAAGGUGUUUGCUGCAGUACUAUAGAUUUUCCUAUGGGUGUUGCUAUACUAGUAUAUUAAGCUUCUACAGUUAAACUCCACUGCGGUACUUAACUCAUCAGUGUACCUUAACUUCACAUUUUGCGCAAUGGCUUUCUCUUCAGAGUGACUUUGUGAAUGCGCUUUGUGGCCUUUUGAGGGGUUAAGAAUUAGGAGAGAAUUCAUGUUAGUUUUUUUAACGUUGUUAUGUAUUGGGCAGAAGCAGUGUUCAUAAUAUUUUUCUGGAUUUUACAUAUGUUUUGGAGAUCUUAACAGUGUUUUAAGUGUGCAGUGUACUGUGUAAUGCCACAAUAUUAUGGAAAAACCACAUGCCAUUGAAAGCUUUUUCUGCUCUCACCAAUGAAGUGUAAUUCCUUCUUAAAUUUCUCACCUUGACUUCCUUGUAACAGUAACUGGAUGUUUUUGAGGUGCUCAAUUGGAAUUACAAAUAUUCCAGUCAAUGUAUUUGGAGACCAAAGGAAGUUUAGAUUGUUACCUUUGGAAUUAUUACAGCUUUGACAUUUAUUACAUGGAACAUACCAAAAAAUAAAUACCUGCUUGUGGGUUUAACUUAAAUCUGUAGAGGAGGUCUCAGGCUAUAGUGUUUCCUCUUCAGGUGCCAUUGAUACUGCCUAAUACAGCACCAUUUGCUCGUGGGAAGAUCCAUAACACUUAGUUGUGUUGAAUGUAGGGCAUGUUCUCCUGUGUUACACAAAUCGCAAGGGAUGAAGAAUGACACACAAACCAGCAGCCAAGGAACACCUUAUGUAGUCGUAGCAAAUCCAUAAUAAGUGUCCUUCAAGAAAGAACAUGUGAUACUCUGUAUUUUGCAAGUAAGACUUAUUAACCUCUAGUACAUUGUACUCAGCUUUUAAAGUAUUAGUGUGUGUUCUGCAGAAAGGGGUUUUAGAGUCUCAGUAUUUCCUUGUAAAGCAGCUGUUGGAAAGGAGCAAUGAGGUCUUUUGUUUUCCCCUGAGCACUAUCUGCCACAGUUUACUUUAUGACAGAGAUAAUCCAAAAGAAAACUCAUACGUGUGUUAUAUAUAGUUUGUCUCUAAAGUAUUUCUUUGAAAAUUUUCUUAAAUCAGUUGUAAUGUUUAAAAAGAUGUGCAUACUCUAUGCAUUGGCCUUUUUACAACCUGUUUUCAGUCGGAUAACCUUUUAAAACUUCUUAGAGACCUAGUGUGGACCUUGUUGUAUACUUUUGUUGUAGUCUUCUCAGAAUAUUGAACUUAGGCUGGAACAGUAACUACUGGAAGCAAACCUCACACAGCAGCAGCUAGAACUCUGCUACUGUUGCUCAAAGGCUUGAAACUUGCAUAUUCCAGUUGGUGAAUUGCCAAGCUGUAGUAGGAUACCAUACAGUGCUUUAAAUUUCCAGGGACCUGCUACCAGACUUGUCUUUGGUUCGGUUUGAUUUCUUCCUUCCUUUUAUUUUAUUUUUUUUUAAUGAUUUGCCUCUUACUGCCCAAGAUGACCUUAAACUUCUGCCUUUGCUGUCAUAAGAGACCCGCCCCUCCAUACUCACUAAAUCUGUCCAGUUCCCAUUAUGUAACUGUGUGGAACCAACCUGACUGACUAGAGGGGGCUCAAGCUAGAUUGUAAUUCUGAAUUCUGUAAUUCUGACAGCAUUGUUAGGUCACAUAGCCCAGCCUUUUGUCUCCUAAACCUGGAUGUUUGCCCCAUUAGGAUGAGCACAGUUUGGGGUGUUUAAAAGAAUAAAUGUUCAUUUACUAAAGUCUAAAUAUUUGGCUUUUUAAAAUCAGAAAAUAGUGAUUUCAAUUUGAAGACUGUAAGUGGAAGAAAUCCCUGUUUUCUUCAUGCCUUUUGGUUCACAUGCUCUUCUGUCUGAACUGUUUUAGUGUGCUGGGGACCCCUGUGGGGUGUAUACACAGCUCAUUUAUCAUCGUUAAUCACGACUUUCAACAUUCCUUAGAAGAUCGGUAUGUCUGAUUAAAUAGGACAGAAUGUAAAAGAAAGUGUGCUUUUCUGCCUCCUCACAUACCUUCUCCACCAUAACUUUAUGUUUCUCAAGUGUACCUUGACUUUUAUGCUAUCCAUUUUAGAAACUAAAAACUCUAGUUCUGAUCAGUUUUGUUAAACUUUUUGAAUGUACCCCAGUGGAUGUGAAUUAAAUUAUACCAAUCAUUCAUAGUUUAGUCAGCUUUAAAAGAGCUGAUGAGUUUUGCCCAUUCAUGUGAGUGUUACUGUUGUUGCAUUUUUGUACAUGGCUGCAAAUUAUGUGCAUUUAUUUUGUAUUUAUGUUAACUAGCUGACUUGUACUUGAAUUAAAAUUCAAAAAUUAAAAUAAA